ACCCACUACACACUUUAAAUCAUCUCAGCACUGGGGAUUUCAGGUUUCCAUGUCUUGUCAUGUCGCUUUGCGUUAUUUCCCCGAGGUUUCAUCUGAUGUUCUGCACGAACUGUCGGGAUUUCUGUCAUUAUACACAGCUUGAAGACCCCCGUCAGACACUGUGAAGCCACGGGCUGUCGUGAUGUCGGAGCCCAAAGCGCCCACCCCGGCCCCUGGGGACACUUAUAAAGGCUGGCUCUUCAAAUGGACCAAUUACAUAAAGGGAUACCAAAGGCGCUGGUUCGUCCUGAGCAAUGGCUUGCUGUCUUACUACAGGACCCAGGCGGAGAUGGGUCACACAUGUCGGGGCACCAUAAACCUGGCCACGGCCAAUAUCGCAGUGGAGGACUCCUGUAACUUCGUCAUCUCUAAUGGCGGCACGCAGACGUAUCACCUGAAGGCCAGCUCAGAGGUGGAGCGGCAGCGGUGGAUCACAGCACUGGAGCUGGCCAAAGCCAAAGCUUUCCGCAUGCAGGCUGAAUCGGAUGACUCCGGGGAUGACUCCACUCCUCCUGCAGCAGGUCAGGGCGCAGGCUCACGCAACUCAGAGGUGCAGUCCACCCUCCGGACGCUGGGCAGCAAGGUGGAGGAUCUCAGCACCUGCAACGACCUCAUCGCCAAACACGGCUCUGCACUGCAGCGGUCCUUGUCUGAGCUGGAGGGAGUUCGGCUAGGAGGAGAGACGAGUGAAAAGAUUCGACAGGUGACGGAGCGAGCCACUCUCUUCCGCAUCACCUCCAAUGCCAUGAUCAACGCCUGCCGGGACUUCUUGGCGUUGGCUCAGACUCACAGUAAGCGCUGGCAGAAAGCCCUGCAGGCCGAGAGAGAGCAGAGAGUGCGACUGGAGGAGACACUGGAGCAGCUCGCCAAACAACACAACCAUCUGGAGAGAGCCUUCAGAGGAGCAACCGUACUGCCUGCAUCCCAGAGCAACCCUGCCAUAGAUAGCAAAGGCCCAGUUUCAGGAAAGGGUGACGCCAGUGACGAGGAUGAGGAGAAUGAAUUCUUCGACGCAUGCGAGGACGUUCAAGAGUUUAUCACCGUACCAGCAGACCCCAAAUAUCACAGGAGAUCCGGCAGCAAUGUCAGUGGAAUCAGUAGCGAGCUGGGAAUGGACGAUGGGACGACGUCGCUAGAUGAGCAGUCUCUGGCAUCCAAUCCCGAAUCUCCACAGUCCCAGGAACUAGUGCCUGUGAGAAAGAGGCGGACCCGAAUUCCAGAUAAACCAAAUUACUCUCUCAAUCUAUGGAGCAUCAUGAAGAACUGUAUCGGAAAAGAGCUCUCCAAAAUCCCUAUGCCUGUGAACUUCAACGAGCCCCUGUCCAUGCUGCAGCGUCUCUCCGAGGAUCUGGAGUACUACGAGCUGCUGGACCGGGCCGCCAAGUGCCAGAGCUCUCUGGAGCAGAUGUGCUACGUGGCAGCUUUCACCGUGUCCUCUUACUCCACUACAGUUCACCGCACGGGCAAACCCUUCAACCCUCUGCUGGGAGAGACAUUUGAGCUGGACCGCGUGCAGGAGAGCGGCUACAGGUCCCUCUGCGAGCAGGUAAGCCAUCACCCUCCGGCUGCGGCCCAUCACGCGAUCUCCGAGCGAGGCUGGACCCUGAGACAGGAGAUUGCCUUGGCCAGCAAGUUCAGGGGAAAAUAUCUCUCCAUCAUGCCCCUGGGUUCUAUUCAUUGUAUUUUUGAGAAGAGUACCAAUCACUACACCUGGAAGAAAGUCACAACCACAGUGCACAAUAUCAUUGUCGGGAAACUCUGGAUAGAUCAGUCAGGAGAAAUAGAUGUUGUGAACCACAAAACAGGCGACCGCUGUCAUCUUAAAUUUGCACCGUACAGCUACUUCUCCAGAGACGUGGCCAGAAAGGUCACGGGGGUGGUGACGGAUAAAGAUGGGAAAGCACACUAUGUUCUGUCUGGGACGUGGGACGAGAAGAUGGAAUACUCUCGUGUGAUGCAGAGCAGCAGAGGGGGAGAGAACGGUGCUGACGGACGACAGAAAACCGUCUAUCAGACGCUCAAAGCCAAAGAGCUGUGGAGGAAAACUCCGCUGCCGGAAGGCGCUGAAAACAUGUACUACUUCUCGACCCUGGCGUUGACAUUGAACGAGCUGGAGGAGGGUGUUGCUCCCACGGAUAGCAGGAGGCGGCCGGACCAGCGUCUAAUGGAGCAGGGCCGUUGGGAGGAGGCUAACGCUGAGAAACAAAGGUUGGAGGAGAAGCAGCGCACUGUCCGCCGAGAGAGGGAGCGAGAGGCCAACCGCGCCGCCAGCCCUUCAGAAGAGGGUAAGGAGUCAGCGGACAGGGUUCUCAUUGAGGACUCGCCACUCGCCUCUGACUCGCCUCUAAAAUCCGAAGAAGUCGAGAUUGCCAGUGAGCCCUCUGAGACCACUUACAAAACUGACACAGAUGAAACUUCCUCCGAUCUUUCGCUAUCAACUGAAACACUGCACGGCUCACACCCACCUGCAUACUCAAUGGAGGGUCCUUAUGGAGCUCCAGUCAAAAGUGGUCACCAGGACAACUACAAGUCGAUGUGGUUUGAGCAGCUCGUCGACCCGGUGACAGGAGAGCCCACGCACAUCUACAAAGGAGGAUAUUGGGAGGCCAAGGAGCAGGGCAACUGGGACUCCUGCCCGGAUAUCUUCUGAUCCCAAUCACGCACAUGCCCCGCCGUGCCCUCACUGUCCCGUUUCCCAGAAAAACAAAAAAACGAAAGCUCAAUCAGCUGCCCCCUUCUCUUUUCCCGUAUCGUAGUAUGUCGAGAUACGCGCUCUCUCUUUCGCCAGCCGCGCUCUACUCAGUGGACAAUAAGGAACACCGAAAUGGUUCGGGAACGUUCUCCCGCCACCAUCCACUGUGUGUCUCUCUGUUUUCCUCGUGUUCACAGGAUUAUUAAAACAUAGGGUUCGUGGUUCAGUAAAUGCUAGAGUUAGGAAAACAUAUCCUUUCCCGCUCCACACAUCUUCCUCAAGCUGUGGACGUCACAUCCUUAAACAUCCGGGGGAUACGAAGGCCUGUUUGAUUG